UCAAAAACACUUCAUUGGAUAAAGUUAUUUAUAAGAAAUGUAAUGAAUGGAUUGACAGUUCGGGCGGCUUACCAUUAUCAAUUGCAUCAUGGGAUUUUGUAAAUAAACUCACUUUCAGUUUUGAUAUCAGGAAGUUGGAUUGAAGAAUAAAACAUUGAUGUUGCUAUUUUAUCCGAUAUUGUGAGCUGGACAUAUAAACCAUUGCUUGCGACAUAAAGAGACCAUGGAUGGCACAGAUGGUGGUGAGAUACCAGAUCUUGCAGCCAGUUUACACAUAUUCUCAGAUGGCCUAGCAUUGGAAUCCACUACAUGUCUACCAGGGGAGGCCAGAGGAGAGAGGUUAAAUGGUGUGAGGGUGACUACAGAGAACACGGGUGUGGAUGAGGAGGAGAGCCUGUUGAAAUACUCCACCACCCUCACGAAUAGGCAGCGUGGGAACGAGGUCACAGUCAGACCAGCUACUUUAGACAUUCUGUCCAUCCACCAGCUAGCUGCCCAGGGGGAGGUCUUACAGGUGGCCACACACCUGAGCAAAGACAGUUCAUUAUUAAACCACCAGGAUGAACGGGGCUUAACUCCUCUCAUGUGGGCAGCAGCGUUUGGAGAGAAAGCCAUGGUGGAUUUCCUCCUGGAAAACGGGGCAGAUCCUAGUACGAUAGCAUGGGAACGGGAGAGUGCCUUGACCCUGGCGAGCUCAGGAGGCUAUGCAGUCAUAGUGAAACGUCUUCUUGAACAUGGAGUAGAUAUCAAUGCUUAUGACUGGAAUGGUGGUACUCCUCUCCUGUACGCUGUUAGAGGGAACCAUGUAAGGUGUGCUGAGGCCCUCUUAGAUAAAGGGGCAGACAUGAACAUUGAGGCAGAUUCUGGGUAUAGUCCAAUGGCCUUAGCUGUUGCCCUCGGACACAAACAAGUCCAAAAGGUGUUAGAGGACCAUAUUCUGAAACUCCUGAAGAAAAAAGCAUGACACCAGCUAAGGGCACCAGGAUGUGGUUAGAGAGGACGUUGUGCUGAACAGAGGAUCACCUGCUGGCAUCAGUGGUGAGGUGGUUGACCAAAACACUGAAGAGAGGAUCACCUGCUGGCAUCAGUGGUGAGCUGGUUGACCAAAACACUGAAGCCACAAAAGGCGGUUGGUAGCGAAGACACUUGGAACGGAAGCUCCAACGUUAAGGGACACUGUGGUUCCUAUCUUGUACAUUUAUUCAACAUGUUUUUUAUAUUAUGUAAAUGCUUAUAUUUCUUUUUUGGGGGGGACAAACUAUCUUUAAAUAUAUAUUUUAAAAAAUUGGAGGUAUAGCACCAAUGGAUAGUAAACAAAUGUUCAAAAACAAAAUGCAUACACAUUUUACGAUGUUCAUUUGGAAUGGGAAAUUAAAUGCAAGGCACAAGCAUUUGAAUAUGCAGGUGGUUGCGCGACCUUAAAACCUGGAAAGCUGCAAUAAAAUCCAGAUUCUUUGUCGAGGCCAAAUCAUCCUUUUUCCCCUUGUUGUUUGUGUGCGCAAGCAGGUAACCAAUUUAAAAUGUCCUCACCAAAAGCAGUCAGAUAUGGUUCCCAUUCAAAACAAUUAAUUUGGGGUGGUACAGUCUUCCAGCAGUCAUGUUCUUCAAUGGCACUAUAUCCUCUCUUUCCCUAUAAGUCUCUCCCUCUCUCACGCAGAAACAGAAACGUCACAAAGCUCUUUCCCCCAGGAUGUCCAAGGAGUAAACAAUUAUUCGGCCAAAGAAGUGUUCUCAAACACUAUUUAUAGCCUGUGCACCGUGGGGACCUCCUGAAUGGGAAAUCUGUGGGUGUGGAGUUAAGAACCAGAUAAGCAGAGGAGUAAUGAAAGAGAACGGCACAGAACAAUAUUAAUUGAAAGCUGCUCUGUAGCUACUAUGCAUUAAAAUCAACAUUUCUGUAUAACAGUAUUCAGGUCCAGGCAUACCUUUUCUGUACUAUUACAACUUAUUUAAGCAACUAUUACAACUAAGACUAGUGUCCUGUCCAGGCGGUGUAGUUCUACAUCAAGCUGCCUCACGUUUGAAUUAAAAGGCCAUUCCGUCUCGAACAAGACUUACUACAACUAAUUUGAACUGGUAUGAUUUUAGAGACAUUUAAUAAUACAUUGAAGGAUAUUUGUAGUGAGCUGCUGUCUUCUGGGUAAAAAUCUAUGAUUUUAGCCAAGUCUCCAUCUUUUGGGCAUCCUGACGGGAACACAAGUGGAAGCCUUUUCAGGAUCAUUGACAGUCUGUCUCUUUUUUUCACAUAUGACGUGUUAUAUCAUAGUAUGACAAUGAAUUAUUGAAAAUAACACCUUAAUAAUAA